UGAAGAUAUUCGAAUGCAGUUGAUGGCGGCAAGGAAAAAAGCAACCUUCUUGGGGGAGGCCGAAACAUGCUUCUUCCAACAACGGGCCAAAACCACUCACAUUCUGGAAGCGGACAAGGGCACACGUUACUUUCAUGCAAUUGUGAAGAGGAACGCUGCCCGGAACUCCAUCUCCUCGGUUAUGCUUGAAGAUGGUAGCUUUACUAAAUCUUUAGAUGAUGUUGGUGAUGUAUUUGUAAAUUUUUUUGUUGAUCUAUUUGGAACACGGGUGGAUACCCUGGACCUGGACCACUCGGUUUUAGGUACUGGUCCUCUGAUUGAACCAGGUGUUCAUGAAGGCCUUCUUUCACCGGUAACAGACAAGGAAAUUAAAGAUGCCUUGUUUGAUAUCGGGAAUGAUAAGGCACCAGGACCUGAUGGGUUCUCCUCGGCUUUCUUUAAAGCCAAUUGGAGUAUUGUUGGGAAUGACAUGAUACGGG